AUGGUUGGUGAACCCGUUCGUCGUCGUGCAACUCGAUUAUUUUAUCGAAGAACAACUGAACCAACUGGUCGUGUAACUCGAUCAGUUCGUCAUAAUAAUACUAAACAACAAGGUGGUCGUGAUGAUACAUCUGAACAAGGUGCUCGUCGUGAUGAUACAUCUGAACAAGGUGAUUGUCGUGAUACAUCUGAACAAGGUGGUCGUAAUGAUGCAUCUGAACAAGGUGAUCGUCGUGAUAAAUCUCAACAAGGUGGUCGUCGUGAUACAACUCAACAAGGUGGUCGUGGUAAUACAUCUCUACAACCUCGUAAAGAUGUACCUCAAUCAUCUAAUUGUAAUAAUAAUCGAGCUGCUAUUAUUGAAAGAGAUGUAACAGGUAGUGUUAUAACAAUUAAUCGGUUGAAACAUUACAGUUUUAUAAAACGUAAAGAUUAUGUUGAUUCGAAAGAUAUUUUCGCGAGAGAUGCGUCGAUCGUUAAUGAAACACGUCAACAGAAAUUAUUUAUAUCAGACUUGGUUAAGUUUGAUAUUAUACAAAGUAAAUCACUAUAUUUUAAUUAUAUCAUGUAUAAUACGUCAUUUUUUUAUCCAAAAUAUUAA